AUGACGAGAACUCCUCCCACGGUUACCACAACUCGUCCAUCUGUUACUACCACUCGGCCUACAUCUACUGCACCAUGGUGGAUAUCGAGUUCUUCUCCAACGGUUACGACAUCUCGUCCAACAAUACGCACAACUCUUCCAACCACAAGCACAACUCCUUCUACCACAAGCACAACCCGUCCAACGACUACUGUACCAUGGUGGAUGUCCAAAACUCCUCUUAUUGCUACCAAAACUGUCCCAACGGUUGCUACACCUGAGAAGUGGACCACCCCCUGGUGGAUGACGACUAUCCCACCUACAGUCAGCACAACUCAUCCUACGACCAUCAGAACUCGCCCAUCAACCACAACCACUCCAUCGACAACUACGAUCAGCUCAACAACCACCACGCCUCGUCCAGCGACCACAACAACUCGUCCAACGACCGCCACGACUCGCGCAACUACCACUACAAGUCGUGUAACAACUGCAGCUAUUGUAACUACUCAGCCUAUUCUGGCCACAGAGCCCUCUACCCUUGAGGCCACUGAACGCACGACAACUCUUCCACACUGGAGACCGCCCACAACUACACCUGCCACGACUCGUUCCACUGUUGUCUUUACGACGACUUCUGCCCCGGAACGUUGGAGGACAACAGAGGUCACCUUCAGGACGGUCCCGCUACAGAAAGAGGCCACCACCAAAGCCGUCGUUAUCCCUGUAACAGAGGUGAGCAUGACACGUGUCCCUCCCGCGGUGACCACCACGAAGCCUUCAACCUUCGCUGAGCAGAACAUGAUACAUCGCCAGCCGCAGUUUGGCUUCCCACCAACAAGAUGGCCGGGGCAAGCCGUUCCUACCGGCGAAAAAGGCGCGGAAGCGACGCAGUGGCGAGAAGGAGAGCCGAGGAUCGUCUCCAGCCGACCAGUGCAUGUCGUCUCAUUAGAUGGGGAAGCUGAGACUACCACUAGGCCGACCACAAGCCGCGGAACAACCAUGGGAAGGCGGAAAACCACAACACUUCCAACCACUACGACUGAAGCACCUCACACCACAAUAUUCGAAGAAUCUGCGUUCGGCACUGGCACAGCCGUACUUACGACUGCACCAAGCACUGCACCACCUCUCACAAGUACCGUAACCUCAUCAACAACUCCAUCAAGUACAACUCUCACUAAGGAAUGGCCCUUAGAAGCCACCACUACAAAGGCGUACGCAGGAGAAGCUACAGAAUUCCCAGCAAUGCCAGAGGGACCAGAAGAGGAGGAGGAGCCUGAAGAAGGCAAGGGUCGUGUGGUAAUGAAGGAGCGGCCAUCUACUUUCGGUGACCAGAACAUGGCUAAGCCAGAAUUCGAAACUGGCGUGCUUGAGAAAGGCCUGGCUGCGCCCACUGAACGGCCUGAACCUGCUCCAGUAGCACCUGAAUGGGAGCCUGGAAAGGUGUUGACAACAACUGAAGUACCACCUUUUGAAGUGAGUCCAGGAAUGUUCGGAGAGUCGACGCGUCCCACGGUGGCCCACCGCGAACCGUCAUGGAGCAGCGAAUAUGGAGAACAAAUGGUAGUCGGUAGAGAUAUUUAUUUCUCAAAUACAUAG